CUCUACAGUGAGUAUCUACCAACUACUCCGUGACUAUUUCCGAACCCUCGUUUCUAACCGUCCAUUCCUCUCCAGUGGUGGGCCGUGCAGAUCCCAUCCUUUUUCUCCACCCGGGUCUCUCUUCCUCGCUCUGCUCAAAGCGCGACACGCUCGCUCCCUGCCGCCAGGGCCACCAAACAGCAGCCUCUUUGUGCAUGGCGCCGACCGUUCACACGCGUGGUCUAGACCAUCGGCGAUAAAUUUCGAGCGUCUUCCCUUCCCUGCCGUCGAGGACCCCGAGUUGCUCUGCUCUCUUUCGGCCGAUCGAUCACAUGAGGUGGGGUGUGAAUAAUUGGAUAACUGUUUGAAGGAGCAGAAGGAUCAUGUCGACCGAUUGUAUGAUCAACCUAUCAAUGCAUGCCUCUGCGAUCCUUGACUGUGAGAAGAUCUGGCCUGUGUGAAUUGGGCGAGAGGUUAUUUCCUGUCGACCAGCGCUUGAGGCCGUGAUGGCAGCAGAAUCUCUUCGGCGGUCCUCUGUUGUUGGCGAUCCGCUGGAAUCGUUGCAAGACGUUCCGGAUGGUAGGAUCGCUCACACGUUGACUGCCUGUACACGAUGCAGACAGCGCAAAUCGAGAUGUGAUCCUGGAAUCCCCCGCUGUGCACCCUGCGAACGAAGCAACGCCAAAUGCGUCUACUAUGAUUCUACUCGGAACUGCACAGUCUCCCGAACAUAUAUUGUUUCCCUUCGAGAAAAGGCCCGCCGGUUGGAGAAAGAGCUGGAAGAGGCAGAGAAGGGAAUCCAGCAUGCUGCCGACGCAGAGCUCAUGGUUCGUGGUGCGGGCCGGAUCCGCUUCAGUGUGAAUGAUGAGCCUCGCUAUCUUGGUCCGUCGAGCGGCAUUGCCAUGACACGGUUGGUCAUGGAGAUGGCCAAAUUGAAUACCGACUCCAAAAGUAUCAAAGAGGUGGUUCCCGAGUCUACGGCAUAUGAAAUCAAAGAAGCCUUCGAGCAGGAGAGCUCCAAGCCUACGUCCAAGGUCUACCCGAUGAUCAGCUCAAUCCCACAGUCGACGCUUCCGCCGCGGAAUCUAACGAACCGUCUCAUCGAUAUAUUUGUGGUUAAAGCCCAGGCAAUGCUCCCAACUCUCCACGAGCCGUCGUUCCGAGGGGAUGUGGAGGAGGUGUUUAACGGCUCUGAAGAUCCGUGUCAGAAUUUCCAACUUCGCAUGGUCAUCGCCAUCAGCAUGCAGAAACUGAGCAGCGAAUAUGCGGGGCUGGCAGAUAGCUACUAUCUCGCUGCCCUGCCCUAUUUAGAGGCUUCCCUCCGACGGAAGGACCUGAGGGCUUUGCAAUGCCUAGUCCUUAUCGCGCAAUACUCGAUGCUGACCCCGACAAGAACCGCCGCCUACUGGGUUGUGGGGACUGCUAUCAAAUUGUGUCAGGACCUGCAGUUGACUGAGGAAUCCACCAUUACUAAAUCACUCACUGGUGAGACAUUAAAUCCCUUGGAGAUUGAUAUGCGAAGGAGACUCUUUUGGAUCGUGACCGGCAUGGAGUUUGGACUUUCACAUAGUCUCGGUCGACCUUGUUCUCUAUCUGUCAGCUGUGACCAUAUGGACGUGGGCUACUUCGAACUGGUCGAUGAUAAGUUCAUUACCGCAGACGGAGUUGUUCCGGGUAGCAAACCAAUUUUGGGCAAAUGUAUCGCUAUACAUUUUCUCAAGAUGCGCUUGCUGCAAGCAGAGAUCAGGCGGAUGCUUUAUCUGAAUAAGCGUGAAACCCCGGUGGAUGAUCAAGAUCCUUGGUUUGCUCAAAUGCUAGCCAAACUAGAUCACUGGGUUGCCUCUUGCCCCAAGAAUGAUGGAGGAAGUGGCUUGAGUGAGCAGUGGUUCUAUGGUAGGAAAAACACAAUGAUCGUUCUUCUCUAUCGGCCUUCUCCACAAGUGCCCCAGCCCUCGGUCCAUGCGGCAGAGAAAUGCUACGAAGCGUCUGUGUACAAUGUUGCAAUGCAACGAGAGCAAAUCAGGGCUGGUUCGGUUGACAUCAGCUGGAUCUUCACCCAGACCAUGUUCAUGGCCUUGAAUACGAUAUUGUGGUCUCUUUCAUACCCUGAGAUUCGAAAAGAACACCCCCUUGAUGAAGUGCAGGAUUAUCUCAAUGUAGCAGUUGAGGUGAUCGCAUAUACAGCUGACAGGUGGCCUGGAGUUGAAUCCGCUGUGCGCCUCUAUACAAAUCUCAUCGCCGCCUGCCUUCGGGCCUACGGUAGCGAUGAAUCCUACGUUGUCCAUUCACCCUCAAAUUAUCCCACCCCGUCCUCUUCUCAAGAUUUGACGACCCCGCCAGCCAUGUCGAGCCCUUCGAGUACCACCACGACAUCAUUCUUCUCACAGAACCAUCAUACCGGGAAUCUGCCGGUUCAUGAAAGCAAUGACAUUAAACCAGUAAACCCUCCUACCGGAUCGGCCCUUUUCUUCCAACAACCCUUGAUACCCGGGUCUGUCUCCAGCAAACCCUCGGAGCCCAAACAUUAUCCAUCAUGGGAUUCGCAAUGUUCCUCCCAAGCACAUCCACCUCCCUCACUCCCCUCCCAUACCACCCAGCCGUACAGCGCAGGUGUUGUCAGCUUUCAAGAUGAGUUGAUCGACCCGAACACACCCUAUAAUGCAUUCCCUUCCGUUGUGCCUGGUUUGCAGGGCUGGGAUCCCAAUUUUUCUCUUGCUUCCACAACAUCAAGCCACCUUGCCUAUGUCGACGCUAUGGUCGAUCCGAUGGGAUGGAUGGGCUCAAUUGGGGACCAGUACUCACAGUACUUCCAUGAGCCUUAUCCUGUGCCUUCGUGGCGUGGCCGGACACUCAGCCAACAGGAACAGAUCGAGCUGAUGGCAUCGCUGGAGGACAACCUCCCUGAUGUCUCCUCUCAGCUGGUGAGGGAGUCGGCUACUUUCUACCAAAGAUGAUAGCAACCCUUUUUAAUAUACCUUCAUAUUAGCUUAAUGAACGAAUGCCAUCGUUUUUUUUUCCCUUCAGGAAUACGUCCGUUGCACAUCUUGUACUAUGAGAUUCGUUACAUUCAGCAUAGAUACCAUUCCAUAAAGACAGGCUAAUUGUUUUUCCACAACGGAGACUGGGGGGGGG